AUGGCUACCUUCCUUUUUAUCGCAACGUUUAUGCUUAUUGUGUUUGCAUCAUUUGUACGAUGCCCACCUCCUUCCCUCCCUAAACCACCAUUCGCAGUGGUUGCUUUUGAGUGGCCUAUGGCCUUAUGCACAAUCAAACAUGGGUGCAAUAAGACCCCUCCAGCCAAUCUUCGACUGCACGGAGUAUGGCCAACACAUGGAAAUGGUUCAAGAAUGGAGUAUUGCACAAACCAUCCUUUCAGUGGUUCAGCUUUGAAUGAUAUAAGGAAAGACCUUCUGUAUUACUGGCCAAGUUAUUAUCAACCAGAAAACCAAUUCUGGAAAUAUGAAUGGGAAAAACACGGAACUUGCUCCGGCCAACCCGUCAAAGAGUAUUUUCAAAAUUCAAUGACACUCUUCACAAAGAUGUACCAGAGGAUUUUCACUACACUAGUACGAAACGGUAAGUGUUCCGAGUAUGGAACUGGGAGGACGUUCCGAAGUGCCUUGGCCCUGUCAAGCAGAGCAAACGUGAGCUAA